GGUGAACUCACGUUUGGUUUUUUAUUCUGUUGAGAAGUUAAAUGUCGCGACUGAGUGCGAAAACAUUCUGACACGAGAAAUAGUAUUUAUUUACGUGUAACGACGACGUAGAACGAGGAGUUUCUAAAGGUGCACAGUGAUGGAGUUUCCUGAAGACUUUAAUCAGCUGGAGCUUCUGAACACCCACGGACACGUUAUACCCCGUGGGGCCAGCAGUCUGUGGACUGGAAGCAAGGAGGAGGAAGAGGAGGAGGAGGAGGAAGGGGACCGCAGCGAGGAGUGGUAUCUGGAAAAGGAGGAAGCUCUCAUAGACAAACCAGUGGAGCUCAUUCUGUGGGCAGCAGAAAACAAUCGUCUCUCAACAGUCCAUCGGUUGUUAACAGCUGAUCCUUUGCUGGUGCACUGCUGCGAUGAGGACGGUUACACUCCCCUGCACCGCGCCGCGUACAGCGGCCACAUUGACGCUGUUUCUGCUUUACUUGCCGCUGGCUCAAAGGUCAAUCCCCGCACCAUCGAUGGCUGGACGCCCCUUCACAGCGCCUGCCGCUGGAGCCGCGUCACUGUGGUGAGUUUCCUCCUGCAGCACGGAGCUGAAUUGAAUGCUCAGACCAAUGGUGGGCUCACACCGCUACACCUGGCUGCUUCCCACAACAGCUCCUCAAGGACAGACUCUGCCCAGACCUUAGAGCUGCUCCUCUCCCAGCGACACCUAAAGUCGGCGCUCCGCAGCAGCACAGGGGAGGCGGCUGGCGAGGUGGCCCGACGUAGUGGACCGCACUAUUUCCUGUUUGAGAUGGUAGAAGACUGUAUCAAUGUGGUACCAGACUCAUGAACAAAUAGAGCUGCUCACAAAUCCUCCACAUUUACACAUAUGUGUUUCCAACCUGGACAGCAGGUACGUUACCAGUUCGUUUGCAAUGUAUUAGUUGAUGAAUCAUUUCAUCUAAUAUAUGUCUAAUUUAGGGAUGCGCCGAAAUUAAAAUUGUUGGCCCUAACCCUAACCAAAUAAACGAACAGAUGUGAAAUACUUGGCCGAAGGUUGAAUGACUGAACAAAAAGUACAAUUUAUAAAUAUUUAAAAAUAUUUUUUUUUACAUUCCAACAGACAUUAUACCAUCAACGUACAAUAUGACUUAAUAUAAAUAAAUACUUUUAUUUGUUGUUGAUAUCCACAAUAGCAACAGGUAAUAAUAUUAUUAUUAAUAAUAAUAAUGCUGAUAAUAAUAAUUGUGGACAACAGUCCAGAACCAAAGGAUAAUCUGUUUAUUUUUACAUAUAUCACGUAAUAAUUUGACUGAACAAGCUGAACCCAGCGACCAAAGCGUUGCUGAUGUUCAUGGUCGUCAUGACGAAUUAAUGCCUUUUCUUUGGAGCCAUGUUGUCCUUUAUCCUUGAUCCUAAAUGAAAAUCAGAUCCACGCAAGCUCGUCUCUUCGGCCGUCGUGGGGUUCACGCUGCCCUGUGCUGACAAUUUAUUGUCUAGAACUAAUAGUUAAUGAGAAACUCUUUUAAUUAUGAUUACCAGGAGCACUAUCAUUACUAUUUCUUUUCAUGUCUACCUGGAACCUGCAUUGUGUGAUACGUUAUCCUUCCUACUGAAAUGUUCUGUUUUAGACAGAGAGAUGGAGUUAAUGUUUUGUGGGUCACCACAGGUGCACUGACACACUGUGAGUGUUUAUGUACAAUGAUACUUGGCCUCAUGGGUUCUGUAAACAUCCUAACUUGAAAGCUGAUUUUCAUCAUCCAUUCACUUGGCUGCUUGGAUAAGUUUUUCUUGUCAGGGAAACAACAGCGUGCUGGUCCAAAGACAGCUCGGUCUGCAUACUACCAGUAUGGGCUGGUUGUGAUUUACACUUGCACAAAUUGUUGCCCAUUGCACAAACAUGGUGACAAGGCACUGCAGUCCAUAUCAAGACAAAGGCAAAGAUAAUAUACUCAAUUUGUUUACUCUUUUCCAGAGGCAUGGUGAUUCUUAGCUGUUUAUUUUGACUCCUAAUGCAUUGAGUUCUCAAACCCCAAGUCUGCAAAAUGGAAUUAUUAUCACCCAACGUCCUAUUACUCAGUGCAAGAUUGCAGUAUCAACUUCAGAGGGUUUUUUUCUAGACAGCAAAAGUCGGGUUAAUGGAGGGUAGGUGCAAACAAUACAAGUUUCAUGUCAUGGUAUUACACAUAAAAACAUUCUGUUGACAUGGUGCUCAGUCCCAUCAUUUUCUUUCAUUUGUCAUUUCUUAGAAAAUAAAACAAAUUCUUCUGUCAGUGUGUCUUUCCUGUAUAAUUCCGAGAGGUGGAUGACCUGGGAUCAUACAGGAGAGUAUCAAUUAGUUUUCACCUACCUGCAAUUAAAGAUGCAGUUUAAACGAUCUGUUCAUGAGAGAAAGCUUCAUCUGGAUCAGAUUUGAAUACAAAGCCGUCAAGUAGCUAGAAGAGGCUGCAGGCGAUGAGGAAACUUGUAGGUCAUCUCUAGAGCCAAUUUUAAUUUUGUCCGUUCUAGGCUAAUGUAGAAUCAUGGUGAUGCAAUGUGGUAGACUCCAGGGAAGAAGACCCGCUUCCUAUGCAGCCAUGAAGGGCUCAUUCAAAGCUAAUGACAACACAAAGCGAUUCACAUUUAUGUUUGGCCUGUAAAUCUAGCAACAUUUUGAUGGAAGGCUGUUUCUCGUGUGCAGCAGGGAACAGUGCUUCUCUUCCCUCCGUUCCCAGCACAUUGGUGGGGCUCUUAAAUCACACAAAUCUUACCUGCCUCGUUCUGUGGCGGAUGAGACGCUGCAGAGGUGGCAGAGAAGCUGCUUCUGUAAAGCGACAGCUUGAAAUCUACCCACGUCCUACAUCUACUGCGUGUGCUUCCAAUCAUGCACACUCUCCUCUAGCUCUCUUUUUGUGACGACCAAUUUUACUCUUGAGAGAGAGAGGACAUAUUGUGUUUGAAGAUGAUAAACAUUUUUCCUAACAUCUUCGAAGGGAGUUGGAAUUUGUGGUUUUGGGCUAGAUAAUACAUUAUUUUAAUGAAAGACCUAUUAACUCAGUACAAUAACACUUUUUCAACAGACUCCUGCAUCAGUUGUUUUGGGUUUAAACGCACGACUGACACAAUACCACUUUAUAAAGCUAUUUACGCAAAACGUAUAGGUUUUAUUUCUAAAAAACAGCUGCUGGAUGCAUCCAGAAACAGAGUGGUGAGAGUGAAACGGGCCAUAAAACCGAAGCUGAAUAUGGUCUAAAAUUCUCAGCAGCAAAGAAGGACACUUCAGAGUUGAGUGCUAAUGAUGGGUUCAUAACUAUGACUAACUCCUUUCAAAUUAGACAUUAUUUUUUAUUUGCGUUGCUAUUACAAAAUAUUGAUUAGCGCAGCUUCAACAAGGUUGCAAAGUACAACACAAAAGCUAUGAUCUCAGGAAAGCAGAGCAACAUGACUCAAACAAAAGAUGGAAACUUAAUAACCAAAUACACAUGUAUACUGUUAAAAAAAAAAAAUGUUAUGAACGCACUGAAUAAAAAAGCAGAAUCUACACAGAGAGCUAUCUUCACAAAUCUUUUUUCAAGGCUUCAGAUGUCUCACUGAAAAGGUUGGUGAGGCAAUGAGGUGCUCUAGUAUUUUUGCAAUUAUUUACUUUGGGUUAAAUGAUCGAAAAGGGGUUUAACAUUUAAUCAGCAAGGCAGCUGGUGAUCCUGUGCCCCAACACUCUUCCACCCUCCUCACUCCUCACCAAUAAAUCUUAGUUAUUCUAGGUCCCACUCCAUCGGGUCUUUGAGUUUGUCACCUGCAGCUCCAGACACCGUAAGUAAGGACGCCACAAAAUACAGACUAGCACGAGGAGUUCAGAUGCCCAGUCAGGGCAGAGUGAAGCCAGUGAAGUCGUUACUCUCCCAUCACAGCUACGUGUAGCUCCUCGGUUGAUUCUGUCACUCGGUGCAUGUAGAAACAUGAUCCAAAUUAGUCAACGAUUCCUUUUCCAGAAAAACAGCUUUCUUCGUAUCCUUUCAUUUUUGUUUUUUUUCUCAGUUAAUUAUAUAUAUUUUUCUUUUUUAAUCAAAACAACAAUCACAGCAUAGGCGUCAUUAGAGUGUCUACACUUUUACACAGCUCACUGAAAUGAUCUGAAUGUGAUUAGGGCGAUGAAGGAAAUUAAGAAUGAAUUAUAUAAUAUAAAAGCAACAGUUUGCAGCUCUUGUACCUGUGUGUGAUAGUUAGUUUGUUAGUAUUUUUAGAAAGUCUUUGUAGCGUGUAACACUGUCUAAUAUACAAACUGUUGAUAAAUCCUGGCCAACAAACCCUUUUGUCCGUGAUAUGAGGAAAAUAUUAUUCGCCUUGCAGUUCCUUUCUCAAAAAGUAAUAAUCUCAAAUUACAAUGUGCUUGGUGUCAUAGAUUAUAGAUUUAGUCGUUUACAAUACAAGCUAUUAUGUUGUUUGUUCCUAAUGAAAUGUGACAGGGAUAAGUCCAAGGUUAAUACUAACACCAACGAGCACCUUCAGAGUUUACAAAUUAGCAUGUUGAAUAACCUUGUACUGAAUAUCCAUACAAUUCGUAAGUACAAUUUCCCCCAUUAUGAGCAUCACUGAAUAUUUCUGUACAUGUUUCUAUCAAGUUUCAGAAUGAACAACAAAUAUGAAAAUGUGUCUGUGCUUUAACAAUGACAAAGCUACGUGAUGAUUAUUCCAUUUGUGCCUUUUGUCUAAAUGAUAUAUGAACAGCAGUGGAAUAAAUAAACUAUAGAUACAAGUCAAACAAA